CGCCUCGUCCGGUUUUUGUGUCUCUGAGGGAGGUGACAGCCAAUCAGAAGAGAUGAAAUUGUUCUCUCUGGGCUUACUCAGCCACUGCGGAAAUUUCUCGGUGUUUGCAGAGGUGGGUGAUUCCGCGGAGGGCUCUACCUUAGACUGAGAGAGCGAGCCCGGCCGCUGAACAGCCGCUUUGCGGUGCCGCGAGGCGUUACUGAGAGCAGGGCCAGCACUUGCGGGACGGCAAAGACCGGGCAACAAGGGUCCAUUACAUCAUGCCGUAGCGACGACCUCAUGGCACGAUUCUGGGUCCCAUGAGAGCUUUUUUCGCCCACGCGGCGUCCCGUCCACCAGGUUUUCAAUCGCCGUCUGCAUCUGUCAUCACCUUUGACAAUUCCAUUCAUUGGAUAUAAGGCCAUUGACACUCUUCUUCAGCCUCACUAUUUUCAGCUGCACAGAAACAACCAUCAAAGCUUUCAAGACCGCAAUUCACUGAGACCAUUCCAUUGACCUUGGCGAAAACGAGCAAAGGUAGCUUCGAAUCCCGAUCCGUCAUCCAUCCGUCACCAACCACCACGUAAUUACGACACCAGUAUCCCCACGACCACCAUCGCCGGCUCAGAUCCCGACAACACCAAAACUUACCAGGCUGCGCACCUAAACAACUCUUUUUGCAGCUUCAAUUCUUUUUCCCCUUAUUGAGGAACAAACACCCGUUCCCCCCUCUACGAUCCGAAAGGUCCACACCACUUUACACACCACAACCACCCCGCACAAACCGCAAUCAUGAAGGUCCUCAGCAAAGAAGAGGAGGCAGAGCACUACAGCGUCGUCGUCAAGGCCGGCCUCAUCGGCGGCACGGCCGGUCUGGCCGUCGGUCUCGGCGGCGUCCUCUUCGCAAGCAAGCGAUACCCGUCCUUCCGCCAGCUCACCCUCCCCUUCCGCUCCUUCCUCGUCACCUCGUCCGCGACCUUUGGCGCCAUCGUCCACGCCGACCGCGAGUCCAUCCGCUACGGCAAGGAAAAGGACCCCAUGUACGGCUACAAGGACGCGACGGCGCGCGCCAUCGCCGAGGCCAAGGCCAACGAGACGGAGAUGCAGAAGCUCAAGGAGUGGGGCCGCGAGAACCGGUACUCCAUCGUCUUUGCGUCGUGGCUCGCGUCCAUGGGCGUCGCCCUCGCCAUCGUCGGCAAGGACAAGUACCUCACCGGCGCGCAGAAGCUCGUCCAGGCCCGUGUCUACGCGCAGGCCCUCGCCGUCGUCAUGCUCGUCGUGACCGCCGCCUUUGAGAUGCAGGACGCCAAGACGGGCGCCGGCCGCUGGGAGACGGUUAUGAUUAUCGAUCCCGAGGACCCGGAGCACAAGCACCUCAUUGAGAAGAAGAUUCACAAGGAGGAGUACGAGGGUCAGGACUUGUGGAAGGAUAUGGUUGCUGCCGAGGAGCGCCGCAUCGCCGCCCGCAAGGCUUCCGAGCAGAAGUAAACAUUUCCAAAAGCGUCACCCGACUUAUCACCCAUCCAUCCACCUAUUCCAAGAACCGGUACAGGGUUCAAUGUACGAAUUAUUUCCUAUGUCUUUUCGCGGAGCAAAGUUUCCUACGGAGCAGGGAGAUGACCAGCUUGGCGGAUGAUUUUCAUUUUGCAUUGCCGGCGUUAUAUUUACAUAGGGAGAAAAGUGUUAAUGACUAGGCCACGGCCUCGUUGUUCAACACCCACUGAUGAUUGUUCGAAUGUCACUAUGAGAGAGCGACAUUGGCAACCGAGAAACUAGAUGUCUGAUAUAUCAAUCUGGCGGUUUAGCAAGUCUUUGCCAAAUACAAUUUCUACUUAAUUCACAUCUUGGUCGCACUUCUCAAAUUAGUUCCCCCGUGUCAGCAUGUGUAGAAUGAUGGCGAGUAGUUCUGUUUCUAUAUGAGGACAAAUCAGACCACUCAGAUGGUGUGAUACAACCAUACACCAGAUCCAUAUGUGCCUGCUACUUCCCCAAGCAAUUGUCAAUCCGAAGCCACCAUUCUUUC